GUGACAAGCCAGGAUAAAACCCCGGUGGUGAUCCGCAAAGCUAUGGCCAAACACAAUCUGGACGGGGAUCGGCCGGAAGAUUAUGAACUCAUCCAGAUCAUCUCGGAAGAAAGAGAGCUCAAAAUUCCCAACAACGCCAACGUCUUCUACGCCAUGAACUCGGCCGCCAACUACGACUUCGUGCUCAAGAAGCGAGGUUUCUCCAAGGUGAUCAAAAUCAAGCACGGAUCCAGCUCAACUCUACCCAGGGUGAAACAGAAAGGGUUGAAAAUCGCCAAAGGCAUCUUCUAACACCGUGCGUGCGUGUG